AUGCCUCGACAUCCCCCCCGCCCGAACCUGGGUGGUUAUGGCCUGUUUCAGGCCAACGUGAACCACUCUCCCCAUGCGCAGGAUUUACUCCAGCAAAGCAUGGUGGAGAGGGGGUUCACGUUGGCGAUCGUGGCUGAGCCCCACCGCCCCCCCAGGACAGGCAGUCCCUUUUGGGCUGUCGAUAAUGGGGCUGCGGGGGACUCGGUCGCGAUACGAUGGCGGUCGGUGCCGGGUGGUCCCGACACGACCGCCAUCGUCAGCGGCGAGCGGCACGUGGCCGUUCAAUGGGGGCCCAUCGCGGUCGUGGGGGUCUACUUAAGGCCUACCAAGAGCUUUGCCCCGUUCGAGGGCUGGCUGGAGGACAUAGGACAAACAGUCCUGA